AUUUACCUCUUUUGAGGUGUCAAGUCUACGGAUUUGCCGCGAGAUAUCACAGAUUGUCAUGAAAAGAAAAGCUUGAAAAAUAACGAAACAGAAAGAUGACAUCUGCGAAAGAUGAUUAUAAUCCUUUCGAGGAUCCAAGUAUUAAAGUGUUGACAAAUCAGUCAACCAGCAAUCAAGUAACAGUUGGAUCAUAUAAUCCUUUUGACAAAAGCAUAUCUAAUAAACAGACUGUCAGCUCGGGAGGAGAUCAUACAGUUGAUAUUCCUUCACCUCAGCCAACAGUAGCCACUCAAUCGCCUCCACCUCCAGUAGAGAUGUCACAACCUGUCGAACCGCCUCCUCCAUAUGAAAGUUCUGGAGCUCAACAAAUUAUACCCAGUGACCUACAGCGGAGGCAAGAAGAACUAGAAAGAAAAGCAAAUGAACUCCAAGCCAGAGAAGCUCAGCUGAAUGCUGCUCCUGCAGGUAGCAUAAAAAAUUGGCCCCCAUUACCUGCAAAAUGCUGUGUUGGGCCUUGUUAUUAUCAAGAUAUUAGUGUUGAAAUUCCUGAUACUUAUCAAAAAACAGUUAGAAUCAUGUACUAUCUAUGGAUUUUUUAUGCAUGUCUACUCCUUCUGAACAUGUUUGGAGCUCUAGCUCUCUUUAUAGCUGAUGGUGAGGGAACCACAUUUGGAAUUUCAAUAUUGGUUUUUCUUUUGUUCAGCCCUAUGUCAUUUGUGUGUUGGUUUCGUCCAGUGUACAAAGCUUUCAGAUCAGACAGUUCAUUUAACUUCAUGCUUUUCUUCUUUGUAUUUUUCUUUCAAUUCCUGAUUGCUGUUUUCUAUACUGUUGGCAUUCCAAAUCUGGGCUCAUGUGGUUUGCUGAAUGGAAUCACUACUUUAAGCAAAAAAGAUUCUGCAGUCAGCAAUUAUACUGUUGGAAUUAUUGCCAUUUUCAUAGGAUUCCUUUGGGCCAUUUAUGCCAUGAUGUCUUUUUAUAUGCUUGUAAAGAUUCAUCGCAUGUACAGAGGAACAACUGCUAGCUUUGCAAAGGCGCAAGAGGAAUUGGCAUCUGGUGUAAUGCGCAAUCCCCAGGUUCAGACUGCUGCAGCCACUGCUGUCUCUCAAGCAGCUCAGCAAACUUUUAAUCAAGCUGCUUCAGGCCUUCGUUAUUAGAGAUGUCUUACCAAGAUCUCUUUAGGGAAGUACUUCGAUUGUGUUUUGUGAAACCUCUCUGCAUGGUGGUUUUAAAGAAAUCCUCCCUACUUCGAUGUCUCGCCCCAGUGUACUAAAAACUGAGAUUCUAAUGGCUAACUAAAAUCUCUAGCUUCGUUCUUCAUGAUUGAUAAAUCUGCUGUAACUGUUGAAUGAGAUAUGUAUAAUAUUUGAUUAUUAUAUGUGUACAUUUAAUCCCAUUUAGUAAUAAAUACUGAUUUUUUCUUA